UCUCAUUCUGCUUUCCUCCCACCCUCGCUCUGUUUUCCUCUCUCUUCCGCAGUUUCACACUUCCAGGCUUGCCUCUCGCAAGGCUACACGCACUGACGGCAGGAUGUCUGUUGUAAGCAUCAUUGCCAGGGAAAUCCUGGACUCUCGGGGAAACCCUACAGUGGAGGUGGACCUGAGAACCGAUAAAGGUCUGUUCAGGGCUGCGGUGCCCAGCGGAGCAUCCACAGGCAUCUACGAGGCUCUAGAACUCCGAGACGGAGACAAGAGCCGCUAUAAUGGCAAAGGUGUACUGAAGGCUGUCGGACACAUUAAUGACACUCUCGGGCCAGCCAUCAUUGCAUCUAUCAGAUUCCGAUCAGACGGGAUCAGAAUCAGAUCCCACCCCUGCACUUUUUAAACCAUGUUUUCUUUUCAUAUUUAAACCCCGUUUACUUAUAACAGGAGCUUUUAGAACAGCUGCUUCAAAUCUACCAAUGGCAGAGACACAAAAUCUCCUAUUAUCCAGGAGAUAAGUGUGGUGGAUCAGGAGAAACUGGACAACAUGAUGAUCGAAAUGGACGGCACAGAGAACAAAUCCCAGUUUGGUGCUAACGCCAUCCUUGGAGUGUCUCUUGCCAUCUGCAAGGCCGGUGCGGCAGAAAAAGGCGCCCCCCUGUACCGUCAUAUUGCUGAUCUGGCAGGAAACACAGAACUAGUGCUGCCAGUUCCUGCGUUUAAUGUGAUCAACGGAGGCUCACACGCUGGAAACAAACUGGCCAUGCAGGAGUUCAUGGUUCUUCCUGUGGGUGCGGAGUCUUUUCGUGAUGCGCUGCGGGUCGGAGCUGAACUUUACCAGACCUUGAAAGGUGUCAUCAAGGAGAAAUAUGGCCAGGAUGCCACCAAUGUCGGGGAUGAGGGAGGUUUCGCGCCAAAUAUCCUGGAGAACAGUGAAGCGCUCGAGUUGAUAAAGACAGCCAUAGACAAGGCCGGAUUCACAGAUAAAGUUGUGAUCGGGAUGGAUGUAGCAGCGUCUGAGUUUUACCGUGAAGGGAAGUACGACCUUGACUUCAAGUCGCCUCCAAAUGCAGACAGACACAUCAGCAGCGACGAGCUUCUAGAGAUCUACCAGACGUUCAUCAACGACUUUCCGGUGGUGUCCAUCGAGGACCCGUUUGAUCAGGAUGACUGGCCCGCUUGGACUAACAUGACAGGCUCGGUGGGGAUCCAGAUCGUUGGCGACGACCUGACUGUCACAAACCCAAAGAGGAUAGAGAAGGCAGCAGAGGACCGUGCGUGCAACUGCCUGCUGCUGAAGGUCAACCAAAUCGGCUCUGUCACAGAGGCCAUCCAAGCAUGUAAGCUGGCUCAGGCUAACGGAUGGGGUGUGAUGGUCAGCCACCGCUCCGGAGAAACAGAAGACACUUUUAUCGCUGAUCUAGUGGUGGGACUCUGCACUGGACAGAUAAAGACAGGAGCUCCAUGUAGAUCUGAGCGUCUCGCCAAAUACAACCAACUAAUGAGGAUUGAAGAGGAACUGGCCGAUCAGGCUCGAUUCGCCGGGCACAACUUCAGAAACCCCAGCGCUCUGUGAUAUCGACAUCAACACACUGAAAAAAAAAAAAUCACACAACUGACAAACAGAGUAUGUACUGCACUGAAGCGACCGACUACCCUUGACCAUCCCUUAAAUCAUUCAAAAACGCAUCAAAACAGCACUAUUUGCACUGAUAUACAAAACAGCGACACUUGAAAUACGUAUUUAAACAGAACUGGACUGCGGACAGGCUUGGAUAGACCAAAUAUUAUGCACAGGGGGAUCCUGGACAGACCAAACAUGAUUAUGCACAAGAGAAAGACCUGACAAGGAAAAUAAGGGUGGACAUGCAUGCGUACGAUUUAGAAAACAGACCUUGAGAUUAACUAGAUGGAUUUGAAUUUAGACGGAAUAAAGGUUUAUUUUAAUCAGGUGCAAUCUAUCAAUUUAAGCUUAAGAUUUAGAUGUGGAAAAUAUAUGUACAGUAAGAAUAUUGCAACAUAAUUAUGAGAUGAAUCCAAUGUAAUUUUUAUGGUUCAUUGCAUGAGAACUAGGCAAAAAAAUUCAUCGAUUUUUGAAAAAAAGAGAGGAUUUAAAAUGAAGUAGUUAGAGGAAUGUUUAUGAGGUGCAGGAUUCUGCCACAUGGAAUAGAUUUUGAGGUGUUCAGAUUUGUGGUUGAGAUUGUUAAACAUGUAAGGCUUUACUCUAAAGAAGAGUUUACGGAGUUCGCCCAGGGCAUUAGAUGCUUUUUAAUCAAACUUUCUCUUUCUUAUGCUGUUAUUUGUGUUCAUCUUUGACCCAAAAGCAUGCUGAGGAAAAACUGUUAUUCCAACAAAAUAAAAUAAAAUAAAAUAAAACAAAAUAAAAUAAAAUAAAAUAAAAAAGAAAUAUUUAUUAAAAAAAUAAAAUAUGCAAAUAAAAUAAAAAUUGACUUAAAUAUAAAGUGUUUUACUCAUUUCAGUACAAUAAAAAGUUAAAUAAUGUGUAGAAUGUUUAUUUCCAUAAAAAUUGCUUCAUUAUUUAAUACAUCAAAAAGUCUUUAUAUAUUUUUCUCACAGAGUCAAAAACAUGUCAUAAUAAAUGAUGUUAUUGUUGUCUGAAGCAUCAUAGAUCAAGACAGCCCCCAAAAAAUAAAUAAAUAAUAAUAAUAUAAAUAUAAUAAUAAAAUAAAGAUAUAUAGAAUAAAAAAAAGAGAAUGAAGCAAAAUGUAAGCUCACACAUCACUUCUAAUACUUGUGUGUAUAUAUAACAUAUAACAUAUAAAUUUUCAUACAUCUGCCUGAUUUUCUCAUGCAAUGACUCUUAAAAUGUACUUUGACCUUUUCUUUUACCCUGGAUCUUCAUUUCAAAGGGGAAGUGGAUCAUUUUUCGCCACUUUAUAUUAAAACAAUUGAGCCAUUAUUAGGUAUGAUUGUAAGCAAGCUCAUAAGCAUAUCUAGAACUUUGAGGGUAUUUAUUUUGAAUACAUUUAUUAUUGUUAUCCUUAUUAUUAUUAUUAUUAGCUUGCUCAACCAAUGGUGUGUUUGGGGGCGUGUCUACCUGUCCGGGUAGAUGCAAAAAUGAUGCACUUCUCCUGCAAAAUGACUGAUCUGAGUCCAGUUCUUUAGGAAGAAAGACAUAACGACCACAAUGACAGAUCUGAUUCAACAACUCGCACACAAACACACUCACUCACAUUUGUGUAGCAACGUUCCACCAACGCACACGACUCUGUGUUUCUUCCUUUUCUCGUUGUUUGAUUCGUCUCUUUCCCUUUGUGUGGUUAUGACUCGGCUUGUUCCCCCUUUCCUGAACUCCUUUUCCUCCCUGAUGACUUCUCUUUUCAUCAUUUUGUGGGAUUAUUGUGGCGAAAGAAAGAUGGAGGGUGAAAAAAACAUGACGAAUCUGUCAAAGAAUAGUGUUAAGGAAUAUUAAAUCUGUCAUUACUUUCGUCAGCA